GAUAUCCCACAAUUCUACUCUCAGCUGCAUAGUGGAGUUUGAUAGGCUGGUAGAGAGGGGAACUGCAGCAGAGUAGCACCGCUGUCAGGAAACAGGAGCCCACUACGAAUGCAACUCGCAUAACCAGCUUGAACGAGGGACGGUUUACCUGUGUGAUUCACCAUGACGACUGAAUCAGGCGCAGACUCGGAGGCCAAGCAGCAGCAGGAGAACAAGGAGACAGAGAAGGGGACAGCUAAAGCAGCAGCUGAACCCGCCUCGCCUCAGAACCAGCCGGAGCAGCUUCCCGCCGCAGUCGGACACAGCACGCCGGCCAGGAAAGAACAGGAGCAGCAGGAAGAGGACCAGGUAUCCCACAGGUCGUCCACCAGUCGUCUCUCCAGGUCUCCUUUAAGAGGAGUGAAGAAGGUGAAGAUCAUGCAGUGCAAGGUCACACUGCUGGACGGCUCUGACUACACACUAAAUGUAGAGAAACGAGCCAAGGGCCAUGAGCUCUUUGAUAAAGUAUGUGAUCACCUCAAUCUACUGGAGAAGGACUACUUUGGCAUCACAUACAGAGAUGUAGAGAAUCAGAAGAAUUGGCUGGACCCUUCCAAGGAGCUGAAGAAGCAGAUCAGGACUGGUCCCUGGAACUUUGCUUUCAACGUAAAGUUUUACCCUCCGGACCCCUCCCAGCUGACCGAGGAUAUCACAAGGUACUAUCUGUGCCUGCAGCUGAGAGAUGAUGUGGUUUCAGGCCGUCUACCCUGCUCAUUCGCCACCCACACGGUCCUGGGCUCGUACACAGUGCAGUCUGAACUCGGAGACUAUGACCCCGAGGAACUGGGCAGCGACUACAUCAGCGAACUGCGCUUCGCACCCAACCAGACCAAAGAGCUAGAGGAGAAGGUCAUGGAACUCCACAAGACCUACAAGGGGAUGACACCAGCUGAAGCAGAGAUGCACUUCCUGGAAAAUGCUAAGAAGCUGUCUAUGUACGGUGUGGACCUUCACCACGCUAAGGACUCUGAGGGAGUGGAGAUUAUGUUGGGAGUUUGUGCAAGCGGCCUCCUCAUCUACAGAGACAGGUUGCGGAUCAACAGGUUCGCCUGGCCCAAAAUACUCAAGAUCUCCUACAAGAGGAACAACUUCUACAUCAAAAUCCGGCCCGGCGAGUUUGAGCAGUUUGAAAGCACAAUCGGUUUCAAGCUUCCAAAUCACCGCGCUGCCAAACGGCUGUGGAAGGUCUGCGUCGAACACCAUACCUUCUUCAGGCUCGUAUCCCCCGAGGCUCCUCCGAAGAAAUUCCUUAGCCUCGGCUCCAAGUUUCGCUACAGCGGCAGAACGCAGGCUCAGACCCGCAGGGCCAGCUCUCAGAUCAUCAGACCCGCUCCGUUGUUCGAACGCUCUUCCAGCAAACGCUACAACAUGUCACGCAGCUUAGAUGGAGCUCCAAUUAUGGAGAACCAUGAGACUCUCAUGAAGGACAGUGCAGCCGACGGGGCAGCCAAAGUCAUUGCCAAGGGAGACAUUAUCACCACGGUAACGACAGAGAAGAAGGCAGAAGAAGAGAAGGCGGAGCAGGAGGACACCCAGAUGGAGGCUGCAGAGACACCAGAAGCUGCUGCAACAACACCGCUCAGACAAGACACAAAGUGCUCCCCUCGUGUAUACACAACCGACCCCCUCCGUUCUGAGCUCUCACUCCCUUCAUCUCCCGUUUCAUCAACUAAAGUGCGGCGAAGGCGCAGGGAGAACGCGCGUAAACGGGCCUCAUCAGUUAGUCCAGCCAAGAGCAUCGUCGGCUGCCGCCGGCGGCAAGCCCACGCCGACCGCAAGGCCGCCCUGCUGGAGGAGCAGGCGCUGCUUCUCACGGCCCGCAAACAGAGGCUGGAGCAGGGAAAGAGCCGCGGCGGCACACUUUUCUCCUUCUCCCUGCACCUGCCCGACCUGUCCUCCAUCCUGGAUGAGGACGGCUACAUCACCUUCCCCGACCUGUCAGAAAUGCGCUUCCUCCCAGAGUGCGCGCAGAACUUCCUGCCCAUUAAGUCACCUUCACUCAUCCCCUGCUUCCUGUUCAUCUUCUUCUUCCUGCUCACCACCUCCUUUUCCGUCCCCUACGCCCUUACCCUCUCCUUCCCCCUGGCGCUGUGCCUCUGCUACCUGGAGCCCAAGGCAGCGUCCCUGACCGCCUCCAUAGCCCAGGGCUACCAUGACCAUGACAGUUCAGAGGAAGAGGAGACCGACAGCGAACAGACCGACUUUGCCUUUGACGGAGAGAUGACUGCCACAGAGUCGGAAGCGGACGACGACUCUGAGAUGCGGACUCAGUAUAGUUUCAUAAGACGAGUAAAAGGGGAAAACGUUUUUAUCAGGCAUAGUAAUCUGAUGCUAGAGGACACCGAGCCUCCGGCGGAGAUGGUCAAACACCAGACAAACAUCAGCGAACUGAAGCGCUCCUUCCUGGAGACAGACGUCAUCGUGCCGGGCAUGACAGAAUGGGAGAAGAGACUCUCCUCGUCCCCCGCGCGCUCACCCAGAUUGGACGAAGCACCAAUGAUAGAGCCGCUGGAGCCGCAGGACAUCGAAGAUGAGCAGCCCGCGGGUAAUGAGAUAAAGGAGGAGGUGGAACCUAAAGCCACUGAGGCGGCAGGACAUCUGGUGAAAUACGUGGUGGAUAGUACCGUAACAGAUGGGGCCACCUCCUCAGGGCCACACGGGAUUAGUCUGUCAACCACUAUGGAUGACGACGUCUUCAUGGACGGCACCCUCAGGGAGGUGGAGGAGAAAACCCCGGACUCCCAGGAGGAGGUGUCUGAGAAGUCGAUGGCGAAGAUCAGCCCCGGAGCUGUCAGACAGGAAGUGUCCCAGGCCAUCAGUGACAAGAGAGGGAUGCUCAUUAUCUUAAAAGAGGCAGAGGACAAGAUGGAAACAGAAGGAAAAGAGACGUGUACUUUGGUCGAGAAAGAAGAGCCUCUAGUCCCCGGUAAGGCUGAAGACGAGGAAAGCGAGUUGUUGUCUCCCUCUAAAGAGAAAGAAAACCUCAAAGAAGACACCACCGUUGUCAUAGAAUCCCAAACUAUAGUUGUCAAGACCUCAGGUCCGAAGACUGAGAUAAUAACUGAUGACAUGACUCAGAUUAAAGUUACUGGCUCGCCUAAGAAGGCCAUGGCCUCAUGGAUUUCAGAGGCGGUGAAGACAGAAGCCUCAGAGGUCAUCAGCGUGUUGACAAACGAAGUCAAGGAGGUGAAGACUUCCGAGGAGCCACAGCAGAAAGCUGGAAUCUUCACCUUCGAAGAGGUCCAAACUGAGCAGGCAAAGUCCAGCCUGAGUCAGAUUACAGUUUCUGAAUCUUCAGCUACAUCCUUAGAAGUGGUACUGUAUGAAAACUAUAAAGCAGCAAUUCAGUUUUGGCUACCUCCCUCCACAUCUCCACCACCCGCAGCCUUACCUCCAUUACCUUCCCUCCAGCAGCAGCCAAACCAGUCUAACAACAGUGUAAUCAAGUGCUGUGCAUGGCUAACGUCUACGCUGGGAUGGGUUUCCUCUUCUCUGAGUUCCACCUCUCCAAAGGCAUCAGCUGAUCCGGAGGAGAAGGCAGUGGUUGCCACGGAGACAGAGGCAGCGCCAGCCGAGUCGACAGGGCCUACGAGUCCUGAUGCUGCCGAGGUGUGUUCCAAAGAGGUGCCUGUGGUCCACACAGAGACAAAAACUAUCACCUAUGAGGCUGCAGAGGUCGACACUAAUGGUGACGCAGACCCCGGGGUGUUGCUGAGCGCUCAGACCAUCACCUCGGAAACCACCAGCACCACGACAACCACACAUAUCACAAAGACGGUGAAAGGAGGAGUAUCAGAGACAAGAAUCGAGAAAAGGAUUGUCAUCACAGGAGAUGCAGACAUUGACCACGAUCAGGCUCUGGCUCAGGCCAUAAAGGAGGCUAAAGAACAGCAUCCUGACAUGUCAGUGACCAAAGUAGUGGUACAUAAAGAGACAGAGAUCACGCCAGAGGAGGGGGAGGACUGACCCAGGAGUAAAGCUGAGGGCUGUUUUCUGUUCAACCUCCCAGAAUCCAACAUCCAGAAUUCCACAUAUUACGCCGGGACUCUCAGAAGACUAGAAAGGCUCCUACUCUCCGAAUGCUGCAGCUCGCCGCCAGUCGCAACCAUCACCUGCAAAAUAAAUAAAUGCAUUUUGCAUGAGAAGGACGCAAUGUUGCAUUAUCAAACAAUUGCAAGAUUAUACGGAAAAAAAAUCGUACGAUUUUAAAAAAAAACGGUUCUCGAUCCAUCUGCACGCUGAAUCCCUGUGUGCAGCAAGCAAAUCAUUUGCUUUCACUGCCUUAUGACUUUGAUGCAUUUUUAUGAUUGAGAAUAAUUAUUGUAGCAACGUUUUAUUUAUGAAAUAAAGCCAUCACUCCAGAAACUUAAAAUUGCUGUAGGCUGUAUAUGUUAGAGCAUACACUAUUUAACCUUGCUGUUAGAAGUGCCAACCUCAUUUGCCAGCAAGCAUCGCCUCACUCACUCACUCCAACAGUCCAAUGAUUCUCCGUCAGGUAUGCCACUAUAGAUAUCACAGCCCAGUACUGUACAUAUCAAAGCUUUCCUAGGAAAAUAGCAAAUUAUCUUUCACAUUUGAUUUUUGUCGUGUCUACUUGAAUUGCAUUUUCCUUUUUAUGAUCAUUUCAGUAUUUUAUUGUUUCUCAUCGAUUGAUUCCACCACUGCUAAAAAAAAAUUGUUUUUGAGAAGGUCUACUAUUUUGGCGAAUGCCAAGGAAUCAAGAUUUCUGUGCAAGAAAUAGAUUUUAUGUGCCUGUGCAGGCUUUGAAUGUGUUCCAGGGUAGAUGAUCGGCUGCAGCACAAGUCCCAGGUUUAUGUGACUGUGAGGCAAAGGGCUCAGACUGCCGAGCUCUGCCCAAACUAGAUGCAAAGCCAGGAGAGAUCUGUCCCAUCCACCCCAACCCCCACCCUACCCCUACCCUACCCUACCCUACCCCACCCGCUCAUGUCAGCUGUAUGCCUCCCUCAUCUGUUCAACUAUAUCUGCAUAACCGAGUAUUGUUCAUGUACAGCGACGUUUUCCUCAAAAUGGUGAAAUAAAAGUGGCAAAUGCAUUUGUUUUAAUUUGCUGUUUUCUUCUCAAAUAAUAAAAUGUUGACAACA